GGGGGGGCAGGAGGGCAGGGGGGCCAGGGGCAGUCUGGUCGUGGCAAACAAGGAGGCAAGACUCGGGCUAAGGCCAAGACCCGAUCGUCCCGGGCCGGUCUGCAGUUCCCCGUCGGUCGUGUUCACCGUCUGCUCCGGAAGGGCAACUAUGCCGAGCGGGUCGGGGCCGGAGCUCCCGUCUAUCUGGCCGCCGUCCUGGAGUAUCUGACGGCUGAGAUCCUGGAGCUGGCCGGCAACGCCGCCCGAGACAACAAGAAGACCCGCAUCAUCCCCCGACACCUCCAGCUGGCUGUCCGCAACGACGAGGAGCUCAACAAGCUGCUGGGCGGCGUCACCAUCGCCCAGGGAGGAGAGUCCUGCCCAACAUCCAGGCCGUGCUGCUGCCCAAGAAGACCGAGAGCCACAAGGCCGCCAAGAGCAAGUAAUCCCCCCACAGGAUUCCCUUCUAUCCGCCAACACAACGGCUCUUCUCAGAGCCCCCCACAUCUCCAUACAAAGGGCGGACAUACGGCUUCUAUCUAUGACACCAAUCCCACACUCCUCUCUAUCUCCCGGGGAGGUGAUAGGACACCAAGUCCUGGGAGGGAUGACCCCCCUCAAGUCUAA